AUGAGGCUCACGUUUACCGCUUGUAUUCUAUUGAUUGCCAAUAUAUGCCUAUGUACAUGGGGCCCAUCAGUUCGGGAAUGCCAAGUGACCAUAGGGGAGGACUUUGGCCCACUAAUCGAUGUACUUCGACUGUCGUGGUCUUCUUGCUGUCAUGCGACAGCGGACGAGAAUGGUCACUAUAGUUCCCUAAUGGGGGUUGCAGCUGGAAAUGAGGGACCUGAUGUGAAUCUGAUCGGGUGA